GAAGAAGGGCGAAGCUUCUCUGUUAAUUCUUAGUACAAAGACUCCUCUUUUAUUAACUUAACGAACACGUAUCGACGACGUUUCUCCUCCUUCGUUCCUUUUCCGGCGAUACUGUGAUUGAUUAGCAUAAAGAUCGCCGUGAUAAUGAUGCCCUCGCCGGAGAAACCGAUCAACGUAAAUGCUAUGGCCCGGAAGAUUGAUGUUGAUAAUCGAAUCCCUCUUCGCAAUUAUUACCGAAUCGCCGAUAAUCUCCUUAAGCAGGCUAGUAUUUACAGGGAGGAGAAGAACAUUAUAGACUUGUAUAUCAUACUUAUCAGAUAUAUAAGUUUGGUGACCGAAACUACUACUUCACAUCGAGAUUAUCAACCAUUGUUUCCAAAAGAUAGAGCACUUCACAAAAAGAAUGCAUUUGCUGUUAUGGACGAGGUAGAGGCUUUGAAGCCAAAAUUUCAACGUCUAGUGACAGAGCAGAAACAGGUUAAGCAGCCCGAUCAAAUUGAAUCAUCAUUAUUACAUAAGCAGAAUACUGGUCAUACUCAAGUUUUACAACCCAGUACUGUCGACCUCCAGUUUCAGAAGCUGUCAAUUAAUCUGCCACUUCCCAAGCAGGAAACAUUAGCGAGACAUUCGUUUUUAGGUCCCAAUGGUUUUCGAGGUCAGUGGCUUGGACCGAGAGCUGAUAUAAAGGUUCAGUAUCCCAGCAAUUCAGACUUAAUUUCAACUGACAAUUUAGCCCUGAACCAGACUGCAGAAUAUGAAAUUACAGCAACAAAAGACCACUCCAAAUUUGAUUCAUCUCCCAUGGAAGAUGUUCUUUCAUUGGAUGAUGGUGGAUGGAACAAACCUGUUUCAGUGCAGAUUGAAUCAAACAAUGAUAAUCUACCAUUGAGCAUCAUAAGGCAACCUUCUCCUCCCCCGGUUCUUGCUCAGGUUCAACCUGAGUAUCAUCCAAUUUCUCCUUCUAGAGUUGCAGAUCCAAGGCCAGGACCAGCAAAACCAGUCCAGGAUGGAAUGACCAGCUCUAAUUCAUUCCAGAAUUUGCACAUACCUGUUAAGAUGAUGGAUGACUUUUUACGGUUAGCACGGAAAAAUACUGAAAAUAAUUUAGAAACAUGUGGUGUGCUGGCAGGGUCUCUGAAAAACAGAGUAUUCCAUAUCACUUCUCUUAUUAUUCCAAAGCAAGAGUCUACUUCAGAUUCAUGUCAGACGUUGAAUGAAGAGGAGAUUUUUGAUGUUCAAGAUAAACGAUCGCUCUUUCCUCUCGGAUGGAUUCAUACUCAUCCCACACAAACCUGUUUUAUGUCCUCCGUCGAUCUCCAUACUCAUUACUCCUACCAGAUUAUGUUGCCUGAAGCAAUUGCAAUUGUUAUGGCCCCUACUGAUUCGUCCAGUCCUCAUGGUAUCUUUCACUUGUCUGAUCCUGGUGGCGUUUCUGUAAUUCGAAACUGUCAACAACGUGGAUUUCAUCCUCACGAGGAGUUAGAUGAUGGGAGUCCAAUUUAUGAGCAUUGUUCUCAUGUAUAUUUGAACGAGAAUUUGAGAUUCGACGUUGUUGAUCUUCGAUGAGGUCAAUUCUCCUUUUGUUAUUAUUAUUAAUGUGUGAUGCUAUUAAUAGAUUAACCUGUGUAGUUGAAUUAUCUGUUUGUAAACUUGUUAAAAGGAUCUAUCCAUAUAUUUUUUCAUUUUGGCUAGACAA